AUGUUGUUCCAUUUGACCCGCACGAAAGCCGAGAAAGCUCAACGUCGUUUGCUCAAAGAACUUGAACGUGAGGCCAAGGCACAAUGUAAAGACGCUGCGAAGGAGCACAAGGCACAAGAGGCACUUGUCAAGCAGCAACAAAAGGCCGUCAAGAAGCAGCAAAAGGCCGUCAAGAAGCAACAAAAGGCCAUUCAACGGCAACAAAAAGAAGCUCUAAAAAGUCAUAAGAAGGCCGUGCAAGUGGCGAAAAAAGCCGCCAAGAGACGCACUCGCGUGGCUCAAAAGACGGCAAAAGAGCAACACCGACGGGCCCGUUUCCACUCGACAGUAACAGCUCCAGCCUUUGCAAAGAGCACAAGCUGUUUUGUCUGUGGAAAGACGUUUACUCGGUCACUUUCUCGACGUCGUCAUCACUGUCGACAAUGCCGGGAGAGCUGCUGCUUGCAUUGCAUGAGUCCGACACGUCGUCCAGUGCCUUUCUAUGGACUUGACAAGCCCCAAAAGGUCUGUGUCGUGUGUGACACGCUCGUACUUAAUGAGGAGAGACCACGUGAACCAGUUGAAGCACUUGCUGCCCUUGCUGCUGCGAAUCGGACGACGUCAAGACGUCCGCAUUCAGCUCCUUUACCACCUACUGAUACUGUAACUGUGGCAAUGCCAUUGACACGUCGAGGUCAUGGACGUUCCAAGAGCAAGAGCAGCUCGCUCUGGACGCUCCCGAUUCGACCGCUUCUCAAGAAAAAGAAAAGUGCGGAGCAAUUGCGGAACCGCACGAUGGAUUUCAACUUGCAGAAUGACAAGCACAUGGUCUUUAGUGGUCGCUCGAUUGAACUCCAGCCGCAGACGAUGGCCCCACCAAUGCCAUAA